AUGGGGCGUCGACGGAGACCAGAUCAACUUCCACCCAAACCACGGACUCGUGCAGGAUGUCUGACUUGUCGGGCACGCAAGGUCAAAUGCGAUGAGACAAGACCCCAAUGUCGACGUUGUCAAAUUGCCUGUCGGAGUUGCAACUUUGGUGUCGAGAUCAAGUGGGAGGCCGACUUCGUCUCACGAGGGUUGGCUUUUGGAAGAGAAGGCAUAUGGUCUAAAUCAAGUACCUCGCCUCGUACACCUUCAGGCCCAGCGGAAUGGGCUACGAUUCCGGAAAUAGAACCCCAUUACUUCCUCAACUAUUCCUCCAAAAUAUUCGAGGAGCCGUUGAGACUUGAAUCCCCGAUGUCGCCUCUCAGGUUGCAAUUUUCAGGCUACGAGAAUACCGAGUUACAACGGCUCGCUUCACGCCUGAAUGAGAGCCUGGAGGACAAUGUGAACAUUACUCCUUAUCGUUUUCAAGGAAACACUCUCAUUACUUCUCGCUCCUUUCCUCUCAUACCACACAUAGUCGACGGCGAUCAUUCUAUGCUUCUCGACUAUUACAUUCAGAAACUGUGCCCGCUCACCACUCCCAGCAAACUGUCCCAGUCGCCUUUCGCUUCCUUGAUUCUCCCUUUCACUCUGAUGAACUCCAGCAGUGGCAUUCUCUCGAUCCUCGCGUUGUCGGCAUGCCACCGAGCGAAAAAUGAACCGGCUUGGAAAGUGCCGGCAAUGAAAUUGAAGUCGCAAGUCUUGCGUGUCCUGCAGGAUCGUUUCAGCAUCGAAGGCGUUGACAAAGUCGCCUCUAGCUCCGACACUCUGGUUACAAUGGUCAUACUCUGCCUUUACGAAAUCAUACAAGAUUGUGACUCGGGUUGGGUCAUCCAUCUCAAGGGCGCUCACGACAUGGUCCGAUUCCGAAAAGAACUGCAGAAAGUCCCCGGCACCGACGUCGAGGUAAACGACUUGACUGCCUUUGCCGAGAGGUUUUUUGCUUUCCACGACGUUAUAGGGCGGACCGCGUGUGGACAGGUGCCCCUGUUCGGGCGAGACUACUGGAACUUUGGCGAGACUAUCGUCGAUGUCUGGAUGGGAUGUUCUCCUGAAUUGGUGGCUCUUCUUUGCACCAUAACCGAGCUGAGCAGAGCAGCUUAUGCCGAUCCCUCCAUCUCCAUAACCGACUCGUUUGUGAACGCCUGUGCUGUCACGAGAUUCAAGCUGGAAAGCCUUGAACAGGUCGUGGAAAAUGAUGAGGACGAUUUUCUGGUCAUGUCCGCCGAAAUAAAGCGACUGGCUGCUCUCCUGUUUUUGAACUGCGCUCUUUACAAUACUCUUCCUACAACGCCACUAGUUGUGAAGCUCGUCGAACAGAUAAUGCGCCUGAUCUCUGAUUCUGUGGACCAGGGUUUUGUGACCGGCUUGACGUGGCCUAUCUUUGUUGCGGCGGUGGAGCUGAAUCCCUACGACGAUGAGCUUUGGCUCGACGAGGCGACAGGCACGUCGAUACACGGAAGGCGCUUGGUAUUGAAAGUCUUGAGGGCCAUGGAGGCAUCGACCGUUUCGAAUAUUGACCGGAUGCGGACUAUAAUCAGUCAAGUAUGGCAAGCACGAGAUCUGGAAGAAGAUCCCUUUCCGGAGGCGCCGAAUAACCACUGGUCCAGGAAUGAUUGGGAAAGAUACGUGGCGCCGAUCAGUGAGAACAUCAAUCUAGUUUGA